UUCGUCAUCCUUCGACGCUCUAGGGUUUUGGGAGCGCAUCGUGCACUGUAACUUCACUCCAAAAGCUCCCCCUCUGCUUGUCCCGCGCAUCCCUGCGAAAGUCGUCACCAUGAGCAGAUCGGGCCAGCCUCCGGAUCUCAAGAAGUACAUGGACAAGAAGCUCCAAAUUAAGCUUAACGCAAAUAGGAUGGUUGUUGGAACACUCCGUGGGUUCGAUCAGUUCAUGAAUCUAGUGGUAGAUAAUACUGUCGAAGUGAAUGGGAAUGAGAAGAAUGACAUAGGGAUGGUGGUUAUAAGAGGAAACAGUGUUGUAACUGUGGAAGCUCUUGAACCUGUGAACAGGACAUAGUCCAUUUAGCUAUGUAUUUGGUAGAUUUAAAGAACUCUUUACUUGCAGUUGAUUCUGAUGCUACCAAGCUGCGUGUAAGGAGGAUGUUGUAUAAACUCAACCUAUCUUAUGCUUCAUGAAAUAUUGACCUUCAAGUGGAGUAGUGCACUUGGCGCAGGCCAGAUUUGAAUUUCAAUGAAAUUAUGUAUCGCCAUACAUUGUGACCAAAUUAUUCACUGGCUCGUACAGUGUUGGGAAGUCUUAAGUUUAUCAACAUUAUGCUGCUUGAAUUAGAGUGAAUUUGAGAGAAGUUCAAAUUCAUCA